AUGACUCUAAGCGCCCAAGCAAGUGCACUCAAGCACCAUGGCAGAGGGUGUUGUGGGAGCACUGCUUGUCGAACUAGGUGCAGCCUUGGCGAAAGAAGCAGCAACCUAUGGCGCAUCCCUGCUGUGCAAGGAAGCGAGGCCCUCAAGGCUCUCUUUGGCGAGAUCCGCAAAGCCAAGGCCGAGCUGGAGAUGAUGAAGGCCUACCUGCGUGAGUCAGAGAAGUUCAAGGAUACCGAUGAGAUUACUGGCAUCUUCAUUGACAAGAUCCGGGAUGUAUCUUUCCAGAUCGAGGAUGUUGUCGAUGAGUUCAUGUACAAGCUUGAGGACGAUAAGCAUGGAGGAUUUGCAGCCAAGAUGAAGAAGAGGAUUAAACAUAUGUCAGGACUUGGCGACGCUUAG